GCGGAAGUCCCGCCCCUUUCUGGAAGGCUGCCCUCCCAGGGAGGGCCGCGCAAGACAGCAAGUCAUCUCCAUUUCCGAGCCCACUUUCAAAAUGGCAGCCGGAAGGAAAUUUGUGAUUAGAAGCCGGGUUGUUCUCAUUUAAGAGCGCUAGCGCAACUUCCGGUCUUGUUGCAAGAUGGCCGCGCCCAGUGGUGGAUUCAAGCCUCGUGAACGAAGCGGUGGGGAGCAGGCACAGGACUGGGAUGCUGUGCCACCCAAGCGGCCCCGACUAGGGGCAGGAAACAAGAUCGGAGGCCGUAGGCUUAUUGUGGUGCUGGAAGGGGCCAGUUUGGAGACAGUCAAGGUAGGGAAGACAUAUGAGCUACUCAACUGUGACAAGCACAAGUCUAUAUUGUUGAAGAAUGGACGGGACCCUGGGGAAGUGCGGCCAGACAUCACCCACCAGAGUUUGCUGAUGCUGAUGGAUAGUCCCCUGAACCGAGCUGGCUUGCUACAGGUUUAUAUCCAUACCCAGAAGAAUGUUCUGAUUGAAGUGAAUCCCCAGACCCGAAUUCCCAGAACCUUUGACCGCUUUUGUGGCCUCAUGGUUCAACUUUUACACAAGCUCAGUGUUCGAGCAGCUGAUGGCCCCCAGAAGCUUUUGAAGGUAAUUAAGAAUCCAGUAUCAGAUCACUUUCCAGUUGGAUGUAUGAAAGUUGGCACUUCUUUUUCCAUCCCGGUUGUCAGUGAUGUGCGUGAGCUGGUGCCCAGCAGUGAUCCUAUUGUUUUUGUGGUAGGGGCCUUUGCCCAUGGCAAGGUCAGUGUGGAGUAUACAGAGAAGAUGGUGUCCAUCAGCAACUAUCCCCUUUCUGCUGCCCUCACCUGUGCAAAACUUACCACAGCCUUUGAGGAAGUAUGGGGGGUCAUUUGACAGUAGUAGAACCUGUUCUGAAACCAGAAACUGUUGAUGUCACAUCCUUUGACCCUGGUCUGAGCUGACUGCUGGAAGAUGAUCUUUCUGCACUGAGACUGUGGAGUUUGGGGAAGCCAAGGCUGUACAUUUGCUAUUUGUUUAUCCUAUGAAUACUGUUCUUGCAAA